AUGCCGGAUUCGGAUGACGAUACUGCCCCUGCUGUGCCACCCACCUUCGCGUUCGAACCAUACGAAAAACAUAAAUCGAAAUGGUGCCGCUGGGUAAAGCGCCUCGAGAGUGCGAUGCAAAUUUUCGGUGUGCCGGACGCCAACAAGAAGAAUAUGUUGCUGUACUACAUGGGAUCGGAUACAUAUAACCUGCUUUGCGAUCAUCUUUCUCCUACCGAGCCGGAAACAAAAUCGUACGACGAAAUUGUGGCUACGCUGGACAACUAUUUUGAUCCCGAACCACUGGAGAUGGUUGAACUAUGGAGAUUCCGGUCCAGAAAUCAACGUGAAGGAGAAACUAUUCCGGAAUUUAUCACUGCCCUACAACGAGAAGCGAAACAUUGCAAGUUCGGGACCUAUCUUACGAAAGCUUUACGGAAUCAAUUAGUAUUCGGAGUGCGGAAUCAGCGGAUACGAACGCGGCUGAUCGAAGAGCGAGAUUUGACAUUUGAGAAAGCCAAGGAAAUUUCUUUGUCGAUGGAGGCAUCAGGUGAAGGAGCCGAUGUGAUUAACCGACGGAUGCAGGACGUAAAUCUGAUGGACGAAAGGAAAUCGAAACGACAUGCUUCUUCAAACCAGAUAACCGCUGGUACUGCUGACGUAAAGGUAACUAAUACUACUAACAGAUCUUGUUUUAGGUGUGGAAGUGAGACACAUUUGGCUAAUGUUUGUGUUCAUAGAAAUACAGUUUGCAGUUACUGCAAAAAGAAAGGACACUUGAAGCGCGUGUGUCUCAGUUUUACAUCUAAUAAUGCCCCUGCAGUGAAACGAAAUGUGAUUGCAAACAAGUAUCCGAAGUUCAAUACCAAUAUGGUCGAAGAACAUGAACAGGAUGAGUACUCUGAUAACAUUGAAGUAAAUGAAAUCUGCAUGAUCGAUGUAUGUAAGUUAGAGGGGGGACAUGACAAUUCGCUGUCAAAGAUUUUCCUUGAACUUAAACUCAAUGAUGUGCCAAUUAAAUUUGAGGUUGACAGUGGCUCGCCGGUGUCGUUGAUGAGUCUUGGUGAUAAAAUCAAAUGUUUUCACGAUCUCCCACUUCAGGAGACAUCUAUGGAGCUUCGCAGUUACUGUGGGAAUAUAAUCGAAGUGUAUGGAACGGUUUCAGUCGAUGUUUCGUACCAAGGAACAAAUAAGUCUUUGCGGUUGUUCGUCGUUAGUACAGAUCGACACCCUCUUCUUGGGCGCGAGUGGAUGCGAUCGUUGCAAUUGAGUUGGAAUGAUAUCAUGGGUACAUCUGUCUCCAAUGUCAAUAAUGUUGAACGUUCUCCAUUCCCCAGUGCUUUAAAUUUGUUGUUGGAUGAGUUUUCUUCGGUUUUCGGUGAAUCGAUUGGUAAGAUAACAGGGGUUGAAGCUUCCAUUACUAUGAAAGAAAACUGUAAGCCUGUGUUUCUUAAAGCUCGUCCAUUACCCUUUGCUAUUCGCGACGUCGUUGAGCGGGAGAUAAACGAUAUGGUGCAAUCAGGAGUGCUAGUUAAAGUCAAUCACAGCAACUGGGGCACACCUGUGGUUCCUGUUAUGAAGUCUGGAAAUAAAGUGCGGCUGUGCGGCGAUUAUAAGCUAACGGUAAAUAAAAACCUGUUAGUCGACGAGCAUCCUCUACCCACAAUCGACGAACUUUUUUCAAAUAUGGCUGGAGGAGAGAAAUUUUCAAAAUUAGAUUUAGCGCAAGCGUAUUUGCAAAUGGGCGUUCGCGAAGAGGACCAACAAGUGCUUACCCUCAACACGCAUCUGGGUUUGUUUCAACCUACUAGGCUGAUGUAUGGUGUGGCGUCUGCGCCUGCUAUAUUUCAACGUGAAAUAUCCCAAAUACUACAAGGUAUUCCUGGAGUCUCGGUUUUUCUGGAUGACGUCAAGGUUACUGGUCCUGAUGCUGCUACCCACCUGGAACGUCUGCGGGAGGUUUUACGUAGAUUCAACGAGCAUAACAUGCGGGUGAACGUUUCUAAAUGUGAAUUCUUUACGGACACUAUUGAAUAUUGUGGAUAUGCCGUUGACCGUCGCGGUAUUCACAAAACGAAGCAAAAAGUAGCUGCCAUUCAGGAAAUGCCUCAUCCUGAAAAUCGUGAACAAGUUCGUGCCUUUCUCGGACUUGUAAACUACUAUGGGAGGUUCUUACCGAAUCUUAGCACUCGGAUAUAUCCUAUCAAUAAUCUGUUAAAAGAUAAGACACCGUUUAUUUGGGAUAACAAAUGCGAAUUGGCUUUCAACUGGGUCAAAGCGGAGAUGCAAUCAGAUCGUGUUCUGGUACACUAUGAUACAACGCUUCCUCUCGUGCUAGCAACCGAUGCAUCACCGUAUGGGGUUGGGGCCGUCCUAAGUCACAUCUACCCUGACGGAAAUGAGCAUCCAAUUCAGUACGCUUCCCAAACGUUGAACACUACACAACAGAACUACACUCAGGUCGACAAAGAGGCUUACGCGAUUAUAUACGGCGUAAAAAAAUUCCACCAAUAUUUGUUUGGUCGGAAAUUUGUACUUGUUACGGAUAACAAACCGGUUACCCAGAUUUUCUCACCAGAUAAAGGUCUGCCAACGCUGUCUGCAUUACGCAUGCAACACUACGCAGUUUUUCUAGAGUCGUUUGAUUUUGAAAUUCGAUACCGCCCGUCCAAACAUCAUGCUAAUGCCGAUGGAAUGUCUCGUUUACCGAUUUCGGAAGUCGUCAAUAAUAAAAUGGUAGAAGAAGUUGAUGUGUUGGAACUCGAACAGAUAGAAACUUUACCCAUAAAUAUAGAGGAGUUGGAAGAACACACUAGCAACGAUAAAAGCGUAAAGAACCUACUUCAAGGGUUGAAAUCCGGAAGAUGCGUGGAGGGCCGUGACAGAUUCGGCAUCGAUCAAACCGAAUUUACCCUACAAAGCGGCUGUUUGAUGAAAGGAAUUCGAGUGUAUAUUCCAGAAACACUUCGGACGCGGGUUUUGCAAGAGCUGCACUUCGGACACUUCGGAGUUUCUCGCAUGAAGUCUCUCGCUAGGUCUUAUUGCUGGUGGGAAACCGUUGAUCGGGACAUCAUGGAUAUUGCCCGCGAUUGCCCGGAUUGCGCAAGAACAAGAACUGAUCCAGCGAGAGUUCCUGUACAUUGUUGGGAGCGACCAUCAGGGCCAUUUCAGCGGAUUCACGCUGAUUUUGCCGGGCCGUUUAUGGGUUGUUUUUUUCUGAUUAUUGUUGAUGCAUACAGUAAAUGGCCAGAGGUGAAAAUAAUCCCAGAUAUUUCAACAGAUACUACUAUCAACCGUUUGCGAGAAUUUUUUGCCACAUUCGGUUUACCGUCCGUUCUUGUCACGGAUAGAGGAUCCCAGUUUACAUCCGAUAUGUUCCAGAUGUUCUUGAAAAGAAACGGAAUCGUCCAUAAAAUGGGUGCUCCAUACCACCCAGCAACAAACGGACAAGCUGAGAGAUAUGUCCAAACGUUUAAAGACAAGAUCAAAACCUUGCGUUGCUCUCGCUCAGAAAUCUCAACGGAAUUACAGAAUAUCUUGAUGGCAUACAGGCGAACUGUUCACCCUUCAACCGGUCGCAGUCCGUCUAUGUUAGUGUUCGGUAGGCAGAUCAGGUCACGCAUUGAUUUGAUGAUUCCGACAAAAGGAGAUGGCUCUUCUACCCGUGGGGAAGAGAUAGCAGUACGUUCAUUCGAGGUAAACGAUAGGGUGGCGGCAAGAGACUUUCUAUCUGCGGAAAAAUGGCGUUUUGGUGUUGUGACCGAGCGCGUUGGUAAGUUACACUAUAUGGUCGAGCUUGAUGACGGAAGGUUGUGGAAGCGGCAUGUUGAUCAGCUUCGAAUAGGUCCCUUGGUCAAAACUCAGCUGUUUGAUGGUUUACCUAAGCGUAGUUCCGCGUAUGAAAACGUACCGCUGGUACAAAACCGAAAUGCUAUUGAGCAAUCAAGUGAAACUUCGCUUUCCACACCCCAUAUGCCCUUAGCUGGUCCAGUUCCAUUUAGUGAAAUCCCUCAAAGCCCUAUCACCAAGAUAAAUCACGACAACCCGGUUUUGGAAGAGCCUAGACUAGUAACAGACACUGCUGGCCAAGAAACAAGAAAAUCAACCAGAACUAUGUAUCUGUUUAAGAACAGUUGUUAG